CCCAAGUAUGUUUGUUUUCAUCGAAAUACAUUAAUUUUGUAACUGAAACCUGUAUUGUAAUGUCCUGCCGUACAUGAACAUAAAGAUGCCUUACUACUGUACGGUACCCCGCUGCACAUCGAUGGCGGGAAAAGCCAAAAACGUAUCUUUUCACCAGUUCCCUAGAGACGAAGAGUUAGCAAAACUCUGGAAUAACAUAUUAAAGAGAGGCAAACCAUAUACAAAAUAUUCUAAAGUUUGCAGUUUGCACUUCAAACCGGAAGACUAUACUUUGACCAGCGUCGGAAAAAACAAAGGCCAAUGGAGAACAUUGCGUAAGGAUGCUAUACCAUCAAGAAAUUUACCGUCAGAUUCUCCACUUCCUUACCAGAGGAGGCAGUCGGAUAGCUGGCUACCGGUCACCAACAGUCCUUUGGACCCUCAGGUUCAACAGCAAAUGGCGCAAGCUAUUUACAUACAGACCAUGCUAGCUAUGCAAGCAGUCACAAAUGAUGCCCCCAGUCCAAAUAAUGAAGAAACAACGAGUUCAGAAGAUUCAUAUCAACAGGAGAAAAAUGAUUCUGCAAUGCCGACCUUUGUUAAUGAUGAAACAAAAACGUCAUACAAAUGUAAAGUGUGCACUAAAUGCUUCAAGGACCCCGAUGUAAUGCUAUUGCACCAGCGGACGCACAAUAACUCUAUCAAUGAACCUAAUUCGAUGACCAUGCAAGCCAAUCCUAUUUUAGCCGGUCUCCUGAGGAAUAACAGCGAGACGGCCAAUGGUAAUCUCUUUGCAGCCCUAGCUCUCAAUUUGGUGGUCCAAAAUCUGUUCGAAGGUAAGAAAACUUGUGAGGAAUUAAAAGGGAUAUCCGCUAAAUACGUUGUAGACGAAACGUAAGGGUUUUAUUGUAUCCUUAAUUACUUGCAGGGUAGUUUUGUAAGUUUGUGAAAAUUGAGAUUUGUAGAUUUUAUUUUGUAAUGUAAUGAGAUAUAUCUAGCAAUGAUUGACAAUUAGAGUAAGAUGAACGAACAAAUCGAUGGAAGAAAGCGGAAUAGUAGUAACUUGAAAAUACCAACCUUACACCGGAGCCACAAAAUAAUUGAAUUGUUGGAAAACUAUACAUUCGGAGUGGUAUUUUAUUUUUUUAUACAAAUUUAAAAGGUGAAAAGUGAUUUAACCCAAAAGCCACGGUACUACAUGUCCGCUUUUUCCCGUCGAAAUGAUAUUCCUUCACGAGACGUAAUGGCAAAGUUGCAUCAGGGUCGUUGGGUAGGCCUAAGUAUGCGUUGAUUAAUCUAAUUUAAAAAAUGAUACGUUCAUUUUUAUUUGUCAACGAAUCGGAGGAGUUCAAACUUUUUGUGUAACUACCCACCUUUUUAGUUUUAGUGAAAUUCGUGACUAAGACUGAUUUUAUUUGUAGAUUUAACUGAAAAUCACGUACGAGCUAGUGAUGUCGUUUCAGAAUUAAUUAUGUAAUUUAUUGGAAUCGAAAUGAUUCGUUGAAGCGAAAUUCACUCAGUACUUACAUAGGGCUAUGAUAUUUCGUGUGAAACAUUUAAAGAUCGAUAGGAUUAAAGUAUUUCGCGUUCAAGCCACUAGCGGCAAGAGGCUGGUUGUCGAUUGAGACCUGGAAACCUGCAUGGAGAUAGAUGAGACGACCUCAUGUGCCAUUGUUGCAAAGGUCAUCUACUCAACUGCAAAGCUCUCGAAGCGACCUACAUCAUUGAGGAAACAGCACAAUAUCGCUUUUUUAAAUGAUAAUGGCCUUCGGAGCCUGUUUACAGUACAUCGCGUGUCCGUUUAUUGACCGCAAGUUUGGAGUAAUUACAUUGCGGGUUUUCGAAGUACGCCUUAUUAUCUGUCUCGCCAUCGGAAGCGAUGGUCUGACAACGAUUGUUAAGAAGUAGAACCUCAAUUCGGAGGUCUGUAUUCCAUGAGAAGUACUUAGCGAUUCUUUGAGAUAUCCUUCUUUGUCUGCUUCGUUCCAUUUUGCUCUCGAGUGGACUACCCUCUUAAGCAUCCCUGAGCGCGAUGACCAGCCUUUUAAGGGAGGUUUGAGGAGAGCUGCCUGAAGCACCGGAAAAGACCUGGAUUCGUCUAAAUUGAGUUACAUCGUAUGAUAAUUAAAGACUAUUUUUCCACCGUCUGUUUAUUUUUUUAUUUGUUAGGUAUAGUCAAUCGCGCGAUUAGAAGACGAUACUAGAUUAAGUUUUAUUUGACGUCAGAAAAGUAAUGUAGCGAACACGGUAGGUUUUUGCCUACUUCUGCGCCCAAUUCGUCCUUUCUGAAUCAGGUCUAAGGGACUAUUCCA